GACAAACCCCAUUUUUCAUUUUAACUCACUUGAUUUGAUAUAAAAGAAUAUUUCCAAGAUGUUUAGAUUAGCUGCCCGUUCUAUUCGUGUUCCAAUUGUUAGAGCUUCCAUUGUUAAGCCAAUUCGUUUCUACGCUGCUCCACCAAUCACCAAAGACGAAGUCACCAAAAGAGCAUUUGAAGCCUUAAAGACCGUUGCUGCUAUACAAGAAUCCAAACUUUCAUUAGAAGCUUCUUUCCAAAAGGAUUUGGGAUUAGAUUCAUUAGACACUGUUGAAGCAUUAGUUGCAUUAGAAGAAGAAUUCGAAUUGGAAAUCCCUGAUAAGAUUUCUGACGAAAUCAAGACUGUUGGUGAAGCCGUCGAAUAUAUCUUUAAAGAAGAACAAAAGUAUUAGUGAAAUACGAAUUGAUAUUGAAGAUGGGAUCAAGAUAGGUCCUUGUCUAACUUUUGUACAACUGUAAAUAUAUUAUUAUUUUUGAGAAAAUCAGGUUUAUAUAGCUGAAAGUAAGAACUUUUUGCAUG